CGUGCUUGCAUUUGCUUUAGGAAAUGACGCAGUUGCUAAUGUGAGUGCUGAGGGGACUGGAGAGAAGAGAGGGCACUAAAGCGCAUCCCUCUCCAUCCCAUUCUACCCCGAGACACGUUGCCUAGGUUACACCUCCAGCUGCCACCUGAAGCGAAGCAUCGCACCAUCCGCCUCGCGAAACGAAAGACAAUACCUCACACGCCAACACCUAUUGAAAAGCACACAAAAGGGAUCUCACGAAACAAAAAUAUACUCGGAAGAGAGAGACGGCGCAUAUUAAGCCACGCACGCACUCAGACCCUCCUUGUUGUGAUUGUCAGUGGAGAGAGGCGGGCUCACAUGGAGGGCCGCUGCUCGGCUCUGCAGCGUCUCCCGCUGCCUGCUCUUCCUCCGCGCGCGUCUCCGCGAGCGCUGUGAUGUGAAUAUUAAUGAUGCUGCGCGAAUCUCCGCGCUCAUUUCCACCGCUUUCACCCAUCUGAGAGACACACAUGGAGGGCUAUUUAUUCGAAACCACUCAGUGACUCCUGUUGGUUGACUUGGCACGCAGUGUCCUCUGCUUGUAUCGCCAUCUGUAGCGCUCCGUACAGAGCUGCAUGAUUUGUUUUAGGUCCCGAGAGAGGUGUUUGUCACUGUCAUGUGAGCCUAACUUUGCUUUUUUAUACACUGUUUAAAGACAGAACGUUUUAAGAGCAGCAUGGCAGAAGCCCCCGUUGGAGAGGACUCACCCAAAGAGAAGGAGAGUGCCACCCCACUUCCCCACAAUCCCCUGCCAGGGGUUGGGGUUGCUCUAUGGGAAAGAGUAUUGAAAGCAAGUGUUACGGCUGGCGCUUUCCUCCUGCUGUACACACUGUCUCAACUCACAGGUUUGUGGGUCCUUUACAUGCUGAAUGGAUACAGGGCUUUUCCAGCAGCACAUAAAGUUUUGGAUCUCCUUCAGUACCUUCUCUCCACCAGUGAUGCCUAUGAUCAACAAAUGGAGAUAUGGAGGGUGGAAAGCUUGUUGCCCCUCAUAGCCACACUCAUCUUAGGUGUAGUCAUCCUUGGUACUGGAACGCUGUUCUGCAUUAAAACCCUGGUGCCUGGUAACCCAUCUUGCUUCCCUGAUGACCGUCGUCAGUCCAUGAGCAGGCAGCCCUCCUUUACAUAUUCAGAAUGGACAGAUGCUAAACAGGAGGAUUUCUACGAGCUGGAUGCUGUUCCGGAGACGCCCGUGUUUGACUGCUUUAUGGACAUGAAGACCGAGGCUGACCCUGUCACUCUCACUGUCAAACCUGUGGGCUUGCAGGAAAGGAGAGGUUCUAACGUGUCGCUGACGUUGGACAUGUGCACACCUGGUACUACAGAGCCCUAUGGAGCGCUGCUGUCCCCUAGAGAGCAGAGCGCACAGGAAUACCUGCAGAACGCAUCCAACCUGCUCACCCCCGAGCAGCUGCACAAGCGCGCACUGGACGACGCUGCGCUGCAGGCCGAGUUCUAUGAAACACCCAUGAACUUCGUGGACCCUAAAGAAUACAGUUUUCCUGGCGUGGUGAGGAAGAAUCGCUACAAAACCAUACUACCAAACACACACAGCAGAGUUUGCUUAAAAGCAAAAGAAGAAGGUGAUUUUCUCAGCACCUACGUCAACGCUAAUUAUUUGAAGGGCUAUGGAGGGAAAGAAAAGGCAUACAUUGCUACACAGGGUCCAACUGUAAACACAGUGGGGGAUUUCUGGAGGAUGGUUUGGCAGGAGCACUGUCCCCUUAUUGUCAUGAUCACCAACAUUGAAGAAAAAAAUGAGAAAUGCACAGAAUACUGGCCAGAGGACAGUGUCAUCUGUGAAGAUAUCGAGAUCACUGUCAAACAGGUCAUCCAGGCAGAUGACUACAGUCUAAGGAUUUUCACUGUGAAGAGUGAGGGUGAGGAGCGCACUCUCAGACAGUACUGGUACACAUCCUGGCCAGAUCAGAAAACGCCAGACAAGGCCCCGCCUCUUUUGGAGUUGGUUAGGGAAGUGGAGGAAGCGAGGAAACAGGCUCCGCCCAACAGUGGCCCUGUCAUUGUCCACUGCAGUGCAGGGAUUGGACGCACUGGCUGUUUCAUUGCUACCUCUAUCUUGUGCCAGCAGCUAAGCAAUGAAGGGGUGGUUGACAUCCUGCAGACUACUAGCCAGCUACGCUUGGACAGAGGCGGCAUGAUCCAGACAGCGGAGCAGUAUCAGUUUGUUCAUCAUGUACUCAGCCUGUAUGAAAGACAGCUUCGGGAGACCUCAGAAGAGUAAAGCCUCCAUGAGCGCACAACCUUCACACCACUCCUCACAGAGCAGUUGACCUUCAUCCGAACACAUGGGGCAGGGACUGACCCUCAGUACCUCAUGUCUCAUGUCUUCAAACACAACAGAAGUUUUAGGAGCAGACCCAAUAUUAGAUUUUAGCUGAGUCCAAUCUCCAAUACCUAAAUCCCACCAAUCAGUUAUUAAAUUUACUUUGUCUUUUUUCUUUACCAUAACAGUAACAUAAAGCGGUCAGUUAUGUCAUACACAAGUACUGCCCACAUAUUAACGCUCAGCAGACCAUCAGUGCUCAAAAGCGACAAUGUUUGAAUGCGUGCAUACCUCUUAUGCAGUGGUAUGAACACAAUAACAAGCAGACACCAGGGCCUCCAUUUAUGAUGUAAAUUUAACAUUAGGUUUAGGGACCUCCUCAAUUUCUGAGCCGACAAAUACAGCAAUUUUCAUUUUACUGCUAAGACAUUUUUACAGGAUUUAUAACUCAGUGUUAAGAUGAGAUUUGUUGUAAAGUGUGCGUGUACAUUUAUAGGUUGAAAGAUCAACCUCUUGGCAAUCUGAACAUCAGUAUGUUUGUGUGUGCAUGUGUAUGUGUGAGAUAGUGUCGCAGAAACAGAAGGGGAGAGAGAGGUACUGUUUACUAUGUGUUCGAUGAUUAUCAGACUUUAACUCCGGAUGUGCGGUUGUUCUCUAGAAGAGGUUAGCCUAUAACAUUUAAUACAAAAUGGCCUUAAUAUGUGUCUUUCUGUUCGUACUGGGGUCCGUAUGGUUGUGUGUAAAUGUUGUCGGGCAGAGCUAAAGGCAGUGUGGUGUUUCAGCCUGUCAUCAUCUCAUUCGGUAAGACUGAGAGAGGGACAGAGACUGAUCUCCGUACAGAAUGAUGUACAUUUUCCCUCAGCAUACCUUUGCCUUCUCGAUUUGCGUGUUGUCGGAUGCUAUAUCGUGUGAAACAUUUUAGUUGGACUCUAAAAAGCAUUGAUGCUGCACCUCAAGGUUUUAUGUAUCAAAAUGCCGAAACACUGUAUCCAACUAAUGUUAAAUUUGUAAAUCACAGCUUGUAUCAAUAGCAGAAAUCAUGACAAUGGGACAUAUAUAGUUGUGAUGUUUUUUGCUACUUUCUGUUUAUUUUCGCUGCUUGUUUUACUCUAGUUAUAUGUGGGUCUGCGUAUCUGAUUAGUUAAGACGUAUAAUCAGUAUUUGCCUGAGUUGGCAGUUCGUACUGCUUUGCUGGGACUUGCAGUUUGCAUGAGCAAGUACAUUUUGAACUUCUUUUUAAUUAUGAGCAAGGAAAUGUUUAAAUUAGAAGCAGACAUCUGUGUGUGAUUAUGUGCAAAAGCAGAGUGUCUGCUGUUGGAAUAAGCAUCUUCAGUCCAACAGACUCGUGUGAUCCAGCUGGAAGUACCAAUGCAAGCUCUCCUCUGAAUUUCUUUAGACAGUACUGCUACCACCCUAAUUGUCUCCAGUCGUUCUUGAGCUAGUCGUAUGUCCUCAAAAUUAUGUUUCCUUCCAGGCAGCUCUGAGCUGAAAUUAGGAGGUUUACAGAAGCUUGAAAACACCUCCUCGUUACACAAGAGAUUGUACUUUUUUUUUGGUAAGUGUUGUUAGUUCAAGGCCUCAUGAUAGUUUGCCAGAAAUGAGAAUGACUUUCAUUCACGUGCUUUAAUCGCUGCUGUUAUAGUCUUUUUAUUAUUGCAGAACUGCUUUCGUGUUUUAGUUGGUAUAGAGUAAUUGAAUUUUAUUAUGUUUUUAAUGAACUAACAUAUUAGUCUAUUUAUUGAAAGAGUUUUGUCUGUUUUUGUGCUGUUAUUACACUGCCAAAGACUGUAGUGAUUGGUCCAUACCGCAAAACCUGAACAAUUUGAAUUCUGUAUUUACAAACUUUGAAAACUGAAGUUUUAACACCAACAUGUGGAAUUGUGUACAUGUAUAAAACCAGCAUUUAUAUAUUUUUAAAGUGAAAAAUCUGAAUUCCCACUGUAAAACCUGUUCUCUGACUUACACAACCUUUCUUGAUCAGUUUGUUAUCUUUUCUUACAUGCAUGUUAGUAUAUUAUUUUAUGCCACUGUUUGCCUCCUUUUCAUAAUGUGU